GGCCAUGGGCCUGCGCGGGCUGGCGGCGGCGCUGCUGGCCGCAGCGCUACUGCGCGAGUCCCUGCAAGGAGAAUUUCAAAGGAAGCUAUAUAAGGAGCUGCUGAAAAACUACAACCCUCUGGAACGACCAGUGGCCAAUGAUUCCCAGCCGCUCACUGUCUACUUCACUCUCAGCCUCAUGCAGAUCAUGGAUGUGGAUGAAAAGAAUCAAGUAUUGACAACAAACAUCUGGCUACAAAUGUAUUGGACAGAUUAUUAUUUACAAUGGAAUGUGUCUGAAUACCCUGGAGUGAAGAACGUCCGUUUUCCUGAUGGCCUGAUAUGGAAGCCGGAUAUUCUUCUCUAUAACAGGUAGACACUCUCUUUGAAAGAUUCUGCAAGAUUUCUAUUGUGAUCUCCUGCUCG